AUGCCGAAUCCUGCGAUGUAUCAACCAGUGGCUUACGGACGCGGAGGAUACCCGCCGCAGGCGGCCUACGGGACACCCCCGCCUCAAGGAUACGCGCCUUACGGCUACCCAGACCAGCAGCAAGGGGGCCAACAAGCCCCCAACCCGCAGCAGCAGCCGCCGUACCAGGGGCAGCCACCGUACUAAAGACAGAAUACCCUGAAGGCAUCCAGAAAGCCAACAGAUGGCCGCAAGGUGUUGGCGCACCCCCAAAGUCAAAAGGGGAUGGCUUCAUCGGCAAUCUACCCAACGAUAUCGACCUCAGGCGGCCAGCCCCGGUUUAGCACGGCCAUGCCCUUGCUGUAUCACGCCGCCGCCUUCUCCCCCCAGUCAACGGCCCGGCCGCCUUGUUAUCUGUAUCUAUAAAACGAUUCUUACCCUUCUUCCCAAACCCGACCAGCUCGUGGGGCUAUGCGAAGGAGACUCCACUUCAUACAUAUGUGUAUACAUAUAUACGCUCGUUCGGUUCCCUGUCCUCCGACGGCUCGCGCGUACAUUUACAAUAUGCGUUCCUGUAUGGCCCCGGCCAUAUUCCCCCCCUUUUGUGUGUUUCAUGACUUUCUUUUCUAUCUUUUUCAACGGCCUACGUGAAAGGGUACAUUACGAUCUUUUAUCUUUUUUUUUGACGACCUUAUGAAAACAGGAAGGUUAAAAUGGGGGAGCGGAGACGAUUUAAACCCAAAAAAAACGGCGGCAUGGGGACCUCCCGGGAGAGAAGUGAGGUCAAUUCCAUUGAGGAACACGUACAUUUCACGUACAUACAUUACUUACGUGGCAGUUUUUGCCACGGCAUUUCUUACAAAUAUAAAAAUAAGCUUAAAGC